AUGCUGAGAAAAUUCGACAACGGCGCCGAGCAUUACCUGAUCAGCAAAGGUGGCCAAGAAAUUUUGGACUCCAGCGACAAGGAGCGGUAUGAAGAGGAGGUUAAAUCACUUCUUGAUUCGACCGUUGAGCACUACGACCUGAGGGACUUUGAGGGCUCUGCCCAGGGGGAGGUGAAUAGAGAGCAUGUCCUUCUUCUAGUUCCCCUCAGGAACGCCGAGCAAGUUCUCCCACUUAUGUUCAAAAACCUAAUGAACUUGACCUACCCUCACGAGCUCAUUGACCUGGCCUUCUUGGUCAGCGACUGUUCGGAGGAUGAUAAAACCUUAGAAGCUCUUUUGGAAUAUUGCAAAGAGCUUCAGAGCGGUACCCUCUCAGACGUGUUUGCUGCUCAUAGUAGUGACGAAGAGCUUAUUAAAGAAAAAGGAACUCAUGACCUGUUCCUCAAGUACAUGAGGCCCAGCUACCUGAAAAUGGUCAAAGACGCUUAUAGCCCACCAUUCCACAAGGGCUACGACAAGCCCUUUAGAUCUGUUCAAAUAUUCCAAAAAGACUUUGGUCAAAUUAUCGGCCAGGGAUUCUCUGACAGACACGCUGUGAAAGUCCAAGGGAUAAGAAGAAAGCUAAUGGGGCGCGCGCGGAACUGGCUUACUGCUAAUGCUUUGAAGCCAUAUCACUCCUGGGUAUAUUGGAGAGACGCUGAUGUAGAGUUAUGCCCGGGAUCGGUUAUCCAGGACCUCAUGUCAACAGAUUUUGAUGUUGCUGUCCCAAAUGUCUGGCGUCCCCUGCCAGAGUUUUUGCAGGGCGAGCAGCCAUAUGAUCUCAACUCAUGGAUAGAGUCGGACCCAGCGCUUCAGCUGGCUCAAACUCUGGAUGAGGAUGACGUAAUUGUCGAGGGCUAUGCAGAAUAUCCGACAUGGAGAGUUCACUUAGCAUACUUGAGGGAUCCUGACAGCAAUCCCAAAGAUAUCAUAGAACUAGAUGGUGUCGGGGGGGUUUCUAUUUUGGCCAAAGCAAAGCUAUUCAGAAACGGAGUGCAUUUUCCUGCUUUCACGUUCGAAAAUCAUGCAGAGACGGAGGCCUUCGGGAAGAUGGCCAAAAAGAUGGGUUAUAGAGUAGCUGGUUUACCUCACUACACCUUGUGGCACAUCUAUGAACCAAGUGAUGACGACUUGAUUCAAAUUGCAGAGAGGGAAAGAGAAAAGAAGAGGUCUUGA